AGACUGCAAUAAUGUGGAUGAAGGUCUUGACCACGAUCAUUUGAUGAUGACUUUUGACACAGAUUAUGACCCCAAAGGGCAAACCUUAAUGCAAGAAUUUGUUAAAGAGGAAACUAAAAAUGGAGAACUCGUAGCAUUUGAACUGGCUAAGCUAUGUCAAGCUAAUGAUGUAGGGAAUGCAAUCAAACCCCCCUUGAAAUUAUUUGUUACGCAUGUUCACUUGUCUGGUUUUAAAUAUAUAUAA